GGUUGUGUUUAUUGUAAGUGCUGUGCAGCAGUGAACAUCGUGUGGGGUUCCGCUGCACCCCGGUUUACAAUUUACGUUAUAGAAUUGAGUGGAAAAUGGCCUCUGGCUACCAAUUGCGUAGCCUGACUGCAGUUGCAGAGCAUUUGGAUCGCAAAGAAAGAAAUUUGGCACAUGAUCGACCGUCAGCUGACGAGACAAAUUACGAGGAAGAGCUAACGGAUACGGAAUCAGAGAAGGACGCUGGUGAUCCAGCAUUUGAACCAAGUUCUGCUGCUGGUUGCUGGACAGAAAGACAAAAACUGUUUGUGAACGGUGUAAUCAGGCAGUUUGUGAGGUGCACAGGACCACCCUGUGUUCUAAUUGCUCCUCCGUGGAAUAAACCUACAUGUUUGUACGAUUAUUUACUUAUUUUUUAAUAUUUUAAAUAAUUUUUCAAUAUUUUUAAUAAAUCUG